AUGUUGCGCUUCCUGGUGCUCGCCUCCCUGGUCCUGUACGGACACAGCACCCAGGACUUUCCAGAAACUAAUGCACGGGUGGUCGGAGGGGCUGAGGCCCAGAGGAACUCUUGGCCAUCUCAGAUUUCCCUCCAGUACCGCGAUGGAGGCUUAUGGUACCACACCUGUGGAGGGACCCUCAUCCGGCGAAGCUGGGUGAUGACAGCUGCUCACUGUGUGGACAGCCAGAUGACCUUCCGUGUGGCCGUUGGAGAUCACAACCUGAGCCAGAACGAUGGCACCGAGCAGUUCAUGAGUGUGCAGAAGGUUGUGGUGCACCCCAGCUGGAACAGGAACAACGUGGCUGCAGGCUAUGACAUCGCCCUGCUGCGCUUGGCCCAGAGUGUUACACUCAAUAACUACGUCCAGCUGGGUGUUCUGCCCCAGGAGGGAACCACGCUGGCUAACAAUACUCCCUGCUACAUCACAGGCUGGGGGAAAACCAAAACCAAUGGGCAGGUGUCUCAGACCCUGCAGCAGGCGUACCUGCCCAGCGUGGACUAUGCCAUCUGCUCCAGCUCCUCUUACUGGGGCUCCACGGUGAAGAGGACCAUGGUGUGUGCUGGUGGAGAUGGGAUCCGCUCAGGAUGCCAGGGUGACUCUGGAGGUCCCCUCCACUGCUUGGUGAACGGCCAGUACUCUGUGCACGGAGUGACGAGCUUUGUGUCCAGCCUGGGCUGUAACGUCUCCAGGAAGCCCACAGUCUUCACACGAGUCUCUGCUUACAUCUCCUGGAUGAAUACUGUCAUGGCCUCCAACUGAACACUUUCCUGAGUCCAUUGGCUUUCCCAAGGUGGUUCUUAGCUCUGUAAUAAGACUUGACUUCAGCAAGAAGGAGGCAGGGUCGGGGUCACCACUCAGUGGUAGAGCACUUGUUUA